AUGAAGAGCUAUAACGGCUGCUGGACGUGUCGUUUACGGCGCAAGAAGUGCGACGAGGUGCGACCGGAGUGCAGAAGCUGUUCGGCAUUGCAAAUCACCUGCUACUAUGGCGAGGAAAAACCAGCAUGGAUGGACGGGGGUGCUGAGCAGAUAGCAAAGGCCGAGGAGGUCAAGCACGAGGUCAAGAGAGCGGCCGCGCGCCGCCGCCGGCCCCACUCGAUGGACGUCCUGGAAACACCCAUGGUCUCCACACAGAUGGAAGAGAAUGCCACUCGCUUCUCUGACGUUGAGUUGGAUAUGCUGGGGUUGCCUAAUCGGCCAAGAGACCCAGAAUCGCGUACGCACAUUGGCGGUGAUCCCUCUUCAUGCUCGAGUCCGACUCACACUUCUACGUAUACAUGGUCUGACGGCGGAGCAGCCUCAACAAGCCACUUCAAUACUCACCAUAACUCGGCUGCGACCACGCCUAGCUACAAUGGACUGGGUAGGCUGUUUGCAGACACUUCGGCUGGUCAGGCAUCAGCAGACGCAGAGCGUGACCGACACUUUGUCAUGUUUUACUUCGAUCACUUCUUCCCCUUCUUGUUCCCCUUUUACAGACCUCCACUCCUUGAAGGUGGGCGCUCCUGGGUUAUGGAGCUGGCUGUGCGCAAUAAAACCAUGUGGCACACCACUCUUUGCCUUAGCUCGUACUUUAUGUCUGUCACCUUGGACAAUACCACCUCGGGGCACGAGUUUUGUAAGACGCUCGCUUGGGAAAAGCUUCUGAGACAAACGGAUGUGACUUUCAGGAUGCUUCAGCGAGAGCUCGAAGGAAUCACGUCCAGUGACGCGCAAGAUCUAAUAAUCGAGACUUCCCGAAUUAUGGGUAGCGUCAUCCAGCUACUGAAAUUUGAGGUCAGUGCAGGUAACUUUGAGAACUGCCACACGCAUCUUGAUGCAGCCAUUGUUCUCUUCAGGAAAAUUUUCCGAGUUCGAGGGUGUGGUGCCAAUGAUGGGAACGAGGACGGAGAAUUACUUACAUUUCAUGGUAUUCUGACCCGGAUGGGAGACCCACUUUGGACCGUGAAGGUCCAGCAGAGCAGGGCUUGGAAUUCUGACCAGGCAGCUUUCCGCUUCUUCACCGCACUGCUACUUGUUGAUGAUAUCAUCGUCAGCACGUGCCUUGAGGAAGCGCCGAGGUUACAGGUGUAUCACGCUCUUUUGUUGACCACCGGUGGCCCUGGCGGGAAAGCUGCUCUCAGCCUAGAAGAAUUCGUCGGCUGCGAGAACUGGGUGAUGCUGCAGAUUGCCCAGAUAGCUGCACUUGACGCGUGGAAGAAGUCACUCAGAAAGACUGGGCAGCUCGACACGAUGGAACUGGUGGCGCGCGCAAUGGAAAUCAAGCAGGUACUAGUCGAAAACCUCGCCCGCCUUGACGCCGCAGCACACGCACCCAGAACUCCCAACCCGGUUGACCCCUUCAUGCUCUACAACCACCACGUGCUAUCAACUCUGGGGGGUGGUAGCACCGUAGUUACACGCAUCUGGGCUCACGCAGCACUGGUCUAUCUCUCCGUCGUAGUAUCCGGGUGGCAGCCUGGCAGCACCACCGUUAGGGAGAACGUGACACGGACGAUAGAGUUGCUUGCUCAGUUACCGGCGCCUGUGCUGCUGCGGACCAUGGUGUGGCCGUUCUGCAUAGUUGGAUGCCUCGCUAAUCCUGAUGAGGAGUGUCUCCUGCGCUCAAUGGUCCAGGCGCUGGUCCCGCUGCGGCUGUUUGGUGCAACUCUGAAGGCGCUGGAGAUAAUGGAGAAUGUAUGGGAGCGUAGGGAUGCUUUAGAGGUCGACUGGGACUUUGCAGCAUGCGUACGCACCGUGGGCUAUGUGCCACUGCUGGUAUAA